AUGAGCAUGGAACAGAGCGCCUUGCUGAACAGCCAGCACGACAUCCACGGUCGCAUCUCCCGCGCCAUGGACAACCUCCGGAAGCUGGGUGCAGACAAGCUCACCCUCGGCACGGUGAGCACUCGCAUCCGCAUUCUUGACGACCUGUGGGCCAAAUUUGAGUCCAAUCAUGACCUCAUUCGGGCAUGCUACGGGCAACUCUACAGCGAGAGUGAGUACGCCAAAACUGAUUUUGUCGACACCGUUGAGAAUUCUUACGCGCAUCAACGCGGUUUGCUUUUCGGGCUCGAAAACAAACUCAAACCCGCGUCGCCUAGAGUGCCAGUUGGACCGGAGCAAAACAGCGAACACGCUCCCAAGACGUCACUGCCGCGUAUUCAGUUGCGGAACUUUUCGGGCGCGUAUGAGGAGUGGCCGUCGUUUCGGGAUCUCUUCAAGUCGGUCAUCGGUAAGAAUUCGUCAAUUUCGAACGUUGAGCGGCUCCAUUACCUCCGAUCGUGUCUGCGAGGGCCCGCUGAAAAAUUAGUGAGUUCAUUAACGGUGACCGGAGACAAUUACGACCGCGCGUGGGCUAUUCUGAGUAAACAUUUCGAGAACAAGAGGGAGUUGAUACGCUCCAACUUUGCCACGUUUACCGCCGUGGCGAAAAUAAAGGGAGAAACCGCUGACGAGCUGAGCCGCAUCCAUAACGCCGUCACAACCGCAGUCAAUGCGCAGGAGAGCAUCGGGAGGCCCAUAAGGUCCCAUGAAGUGAACCUCUUUAACCACCUGGUUGUCGAGCUCUUCGACCAGCGUACGCGACUCGAGUGGGAAUCAUUCGUCUCCGACUCCGUCGAUCCGCCGGAGCACGAGAAGCUCACGGACUUCAUGUCAAAGCGCAUCCUCACGUUAAACGCCGCGAGACCGAAAACCGCCGCGAAAGCUUCCGAUUCCACUCGGUCCGCGAAGACCCACGUCGCGAAACAAGGGUUGAAAGACAGCUCCGAUCCGCAGUGCGCCCUGUGCAAGGGGAAACACUCGCUGAUGACGUGCAGCGAUUUUAAAGCCAAGUCCGCCACCGAGCGAAAGACGGUUGUAGAGUCCAGUCGGCUGUGUUUCAAUUGCCUUGGCAAUCACACCGUCGCAAAGUGCCAAUCUUCGAAGAACUGUUUCACGUGUAAGGCUCGGCAUCACACGAUGCUUCAUGAAGCCUACGUUCCCGCGUCGCCGUCCACCGAGGUCAGCGCGCUGUCCGCCGUGCGUUCCGCUGACGACCGCAAGGCGAUCCUCCUCGCAACCGCGCGAGUUACCAUCACCGACCGCCAUGGAGACUCUCAUCCUGUGCGAGCCCUCAUCGACCAAGGGUCUGAGGCUCAAUUGUCGCCGAAUAAUCUCUCGUACAGCGCUUGCACCUGCAACGAUCUCGCUCUGCCGUGUCGAUUUUCGGAAUCGGGGGGUCGAAAUCCGGGUCAACCCGCGGGAAGGUGA